AUGGUCGAGGACAUGAGCAUGGCCAUGGCCGCCGUGCGGCAGACGUACGUGGAGGAGAAGGAGAACCACAUUGUCUUCGGUGACCACGCCAAGCGGCGCUGGUUCGACGUGCAGGCGGACGAGUCGGUCUUCCGCGCCCAGGUCUCCGAUGACGGCCUUUCCAAGACGUGGGAGCAGCGGGCGGGCGUCGUCGAGCGCGGGCGCCCUGAGAGCCUUGUUCUGUGGAAGACCCAGUCUGACGGCACCGAGGCCAACGCGCCAGGCCCAGGCGCCAUCAAGAAGACCGAUUGGGCGCCAUUCCUGCAGGAGGGUCGCCUGGAUAACAGGAAGGUGAUCCUGCACUCUGACGGAGCCCGCAGCUGCCUCGUGCACGACCACGUGGUGCACGGCAAGAAGAGGAAGAUGAUUGGUGGGAAGCUGGCGUGGCUGAAGCACAUCUACUCGAAGGUUGUCACCCCAAAGGUGCCUGACGGCUCCACGAUCACGGCCCUCAUCGGCACGCGUUCAGACCGUCCAGGCAGCAGGCACCUCGCGGCUUCUGUUCGCUCGGCCCAGUUCGAAUACUGGAACAGGGGCGAGGACCUGUGGGCGGCGACCGCGAACGCAAUCUGGGAGCGCCGAUCCUUCGAAGUGAUUGCGGACUGCGUCGGCCACGACGUCCGCGACCGCGCGUGCACAGUCACGGUCGCCUCGCCCGACGACCCGCGGCGUUUCGACGCGGCGAAGGUCGACUGGUCCACCGCGUGGAACAGGAUGCAGUGGAUCGCGCAGCAGUCGCUCGAUCGCGCCAUGUCCGCGUGCGAGGACUUCAAGGCGGCGACAGAGGGCUGGUUCCGCCGCCCUCUUCCCGCGCCAAUGGCAACGGCCGUGCUGCCCCAUGGCGAAAUGGAGCCAUUUCUUGAGCUCACCAACGACAUCGGCGCCAACGAGAACCCACUCGUGAACUACGUUGACCUCAUCGCUGGGCAUACAGACCCGCCCCCCCCCGAGCUGGACGAGCAUUGCAAGGCGGCGUGGAAGCUGCCGCCGCCGUUCGGGUUCAAGACGGCGCCGCCGAGCCACGCGACGCUGCAGAUAUGCAUCAUUCAGGCCCCCGACGGCACGAAUACCAUCAUCAAGCAUUGCGUCAUCCCCAACAAGGCGAAGACGACCGUCCUUGUCAGCAUGGCGUUCGGGGGCUUUUACGAGAUGUCAGACGAAGACAUAAACGCGGGCUUCGAGUGCAUCCUGCAGAGCGCGCCCCGCUCCACGGCCGACCUGAAGCAAUUGAUUUGGCAGACAAACGCGCCGCGCAAAGGCGCCCCCCUCCGCGGCUGGCCCGUCGCCCUGGCGGCGAAGGCGUUGAGCGGGCUCGCGGCGGAGGGCUCGCUCGCGAAGAAGGAGGCCGAGUGGCGCAUCGCCCUGGUGGGGGAACACUUCAAGCCGCGGGUGCUCGACGUCAUGGCAGAAAACAUGGGCCCGCCCGGCUCCGUCUCGCUCAUGGGGGGGUCGAAUUUCGGGAAGACGCCCCCGGGGCGGUCGUGCCUUUUCGCGCUCUGCCGCCGCAGCGCCCGCAUCCACGAGUUGGACCUCGAGUCUGCGCGCGUCCGCGCGACGCCCGAGAUCGACUUCCUGCGCGGAGAGCUUGGUUCUUUCACCAUGGGCGACUUCUUGAAUGAUGGCUCCCUCAACCGGCUGCCCUCGAAAAUGGUGCGCGACCCUGAGGCAGAGAAAAAUGAUUGCUGGCCGCCCGUCACGUUCCAGAACUUCUUCAACCUUGUCAGGCCGGCCUUCCACGAGAAGGCUACUCGCGCCUGUGCGAUGGAAUUCAUGAAGCGCGCGGGCUUCUUCGCGAACAUUAAGACCCGCGCGUGCUGGCGCGCCCCGGGGACUGAUGGGGCAGACGCCCAGCGCAAGUCGAUCUGCAGCUCGGACGAGUACUUGACGACGGAGGGCGAGCGACUCUACGGCCUGUUCAAGGCGGGGGGCCUCGCGCCGCCGCCGAACAAGGGCGCGCUGCUGCAGAAGGAGCGGGCCUUUCGUGAGCAUCAGUCUCUAGAGACGAAGAUGUUUAGGAACUUGGCGGCUCUCUCUGGCACGCUCAACAUCGAGAGCCCCCCGUCCCCAGCCAUGCGACAGGCCGCGGCGGCGUCUUCGGGGUCUGCAGUUGCUGCCCCUGCCCGCGGGCAGCUAGACGUGGAGCUCUCUCAGCUGAUGGGCGAGGACGACGCGGCGGCAAACAUUCGCAUGCCCUCUCCCGCGGGGGGGGCGGAGGCCGAGGGCUUUCUCGGUUCGGCCUGA